CGAAAAACACGAUGCAUGCUUCAAAUGAAACAAAAUCCUACUCUCAUUUAGGGGUAGAAGUUAGUGUGAGGGUAGUUUGAACGUCAGUUAACCCUGAGCAGUGAGCAAGCAGCCAACAAUCUCAAUGAACCCUCCUUAAACCUUAAUUAAUGAUUAGGGUUCUUUUUCUUGGCCUUCUCUUUCAAUUCAUUUCCCUCCAUUGAAUUCUUCUUGUGCUUUUGGUUUUGUUGAAUCCACACCUCAUCUUCCAUCGGGAUCAGGACAUGGAAGCUGUCUUCUAAAUUAUUGAAGCCCAUAUCUAACUUCUAUGCCCACUAUGGAAUCAGAGAGUUCAAUAGGAUCAAAUGCUGAAGAACUCAAGUCUUUAGCUAAUGGAGCUUUUAAAGCUCACAAAUAUUCUCAAGCUAUUGAUUUGUACUCUCAAGCUAUCGAACUGAACAAUGAAAAUGCUGUGUACUGGGCAAACCGUUCAUUUGCACACACCAAAUUGGAAGAAUAUGGCAGUGCUAUACACGAUGCAACAAAGGCUAUUGAAAUUGAUUCCAAGUAUUCAAAGGGUUAUUAUAGGAGAGGGGCAGCUUUGCUUGCCAUGGGAAAAUUUAAAGAGGCCCUUAAGGAUUUUCAACAGGUAAAAAGAUUAUGCCCGAAUGAUCCUGAUGCUGCAAAAAAAUUGAAAGAAUGUGAAAAGGCUGUGAUGAAGCUAAAAUUUGAGGAGGCUAUUGCUGUACCUGAGGCUGAAAGGCGAUCUAUUGCUGAUUCCAUUGACUUUCAUUCUAUUGUGGCAAGAAUGACCAGCAGUUCAAUUUUGUUGACUGCUACUGGUGCAGUAGUGGUUCUGGCUGCUGCAUUGAUGGCUGGAAAGUUUAUGUCAGUUGGAGCAGUGUUAGCAACUAUGGCUUUGGCAGCAUCUAUCAUGGUCAUUGUUUUCCCUUUGGCACAGGUUGAACCACAAUAUUCUGGGGCUAAGAUUGAGGAAGAUACAGUAACAUUAGAGUUCAUCAAGAAGAUGAUAGAGGAUUUCAAAAAUCAGAAAUGUUUACAUAAGCGAUAUGCAUUCCAGAUAGUCUUGCAAACAAGAGAAUUGCUACGUGCCUUGCCUUCUCUUGUUAAUAUAACUAUCCCAGAUGGCAAUCGUUUUAUCGUAUGUGGUGAUGUACAUGGUCAGUUUUAUGAUCUUCUACAUAUAUUUGAGCUCAAUGGACUCCCUUCAGAAGACAAUCCUUAUUUGUUUAAUGGUGACUUUGUGGAUAGAGGCUCCUUUUCCCUGGAAGUUAUCCUAACGCUUUUUGCAUUUAAGUGCAUGUGCCCUUCAGCUAUGUAUCUAUCUAGAGGGAAUCAUGAGAGCAGGAGCAUGAAUAAAAUAUAUGGUUUUGAGGGGGAAGUCAGGUCCAAGUUGAAUGAAACAUUUGUGGAGCUUUUUGCGGAAGUCUUCUGCUGUUUACCGUUGGCUCAUGUCCUAAACGAGAAGGUAUUUGUGGUUCAUGGUGGUCUUUUCAGCGUAGACGGUGUCAAGCUUUCUGACAUUAAAGCAAUUGAUCGAUUUUGCGAACCUCCUGAAGAAGGAUUGAUGUGUGAAGUAUUGUGGAGUGAUCCGCAACCCAACCGUGGGAGGGGUCCUAGUAAACGUGGUGUUGGCCUUUCAUUUGGUCCUGAUGUCACCAAGAGGUUUCUGCUGGACAACAAUUUAGAUCUAGUUGUGCGAUCUCACGAAGUGAAAGACGAAGGGUAUGAAAUUGAGCAUGAUGGCAAACUGAUUACCGUUUUUUCUGCACCAAAUUAUUGCGAUCAGAUGGGAAACAAGGGCGCAUUCAUCCGAUUUGAAGCCCCAGAAUUAAAGCCAAACAUCGUUACAUUCUCCGCAGUGUCUCAUCCUGAUGUCAAACCAAUGGCGUAUGCCGAAAACUUCCUUAGAAUGUUUUCGUGAUUAUCAAGGUUCAACUACAUUAUCAUGUACAAUAUUCACACAAAAAGAAUAUGGUACGCCUGAAUCAGGAACCAGUUUUCUGGGCAGAACUCGUAUUCCUUCGACAUUUUGGUUCAAAAUCACUUUCCCUGCAUGCUCUGGUGAAGAAGUUACUAGUGCCAUGUAAAAUUUUGUGGCCUUUUUUUUCCUUUUGAUUUAUUUGCAGUUAUUUUGGAUAGCUUAUUAAUUCUCAAUGGAAAAAUAACAUUCAAAAAUAAUUUUAAGGCGAAAAAUAUUCCAUUGUAUUUCUUGGAUUUACUCGUCUAAGGAUUUAUUUUUUGUAUCCAAGUCGCAGUAUGAGCAUGUCGGGUUUUCGUUUUUCC